AUGGCCAUGCAAAAAGAAUUGAAUCAGUUUAAAAAGAACAACGUGUGGGAGCUAGUUCCAAGAACAGAAAAUAUUCAGGAAGAGUUUGAGAUGUCCAUGAUUGGAGAAAUCACGAAUUUUCUUGGGCUUCAAGUUAAGCAGAAUGAGAACGACAUCUUCAUACAACAAUCUAAAUACUGCACUGAUCUAUUGAAGAAGUACAAAAUGUUGGAUUGCAAAGAAGCUACAACUCAUAUAGCAACCAAAUGGUAUCUUGACCUUGAAGAGAAAGGCAAUGCUAUAGACCAGAAAAUGUACAGAGGUAUGAUCGGAUCUCAAUUGUACUUAACUUCCACUAGAUCGGAUAUCAUGCAUAAUGUCUGUCUUUGUGCUAGGUUUCAGUCUCAACCAAAGGAAUCACACUUAACUGCUAUAAAAAUAAUUUUGAAAUAUUUAAAAGGAAUCAAGAAUCUUGGACUGUGUUAUCCCAGUGGUUCAAACAUUUUUCUUAAAGGAUACAGUGAUUCUGAUUUUGGAGGCUAUAAGCUAGACAGAAAGAGAACUAGUGGUACAUGUCAUCUGUUAGGAUGUUCACUAGUAUCUUAG